CUAAUUAUACAACAAGAAAAAAAACAUAAUAAAAUGUUGUCUUCUCGUUAUAGCUUCGUGGUACUGACAUUAUUCUCUGUUCUUUUAACUCGAGCUUAUGGUCUACCUAAGGUAAGACCAAUCUAUGAUAUCCAACCGAGGAAAACGGUAGAGGCUCACAACAAGAUCCGAGCUGAGGUCGGGGUAGCUCCAUUGGUAUGGAACAAAACCGUAGCGGCCUAUGCACAGAGAUUUGCAAACAGGCAAGCCAAAGCUGGAGUCUGCGACUACGGCUCUAUGAAACAUUCUGGUGGACCUUAUGGGGAGAAUAUCGCUGCGGGAUGGGUCCAACCUGAGGACCAAAUGAGCGGUCCAAUCGCGGCUAAGUAUUGGUAUACGGAGAAGCCAAACUAUGACUAUGCCACCAACAAGUGCAAAGAUGUUUGUGGACACUACACUCAGAUGGUGGCUAACCAAUCGUUCAGCCUCGGUUGUGGCUCGUUCAGGUGUCAUGAUAACGAGUUAAUUUAUAUCGUAUGUGACUAUUAUCCUAUGCCAGUGGGUGAUGAGCAUACGCGUCCCUAUUGAUUAUUUUGAUUUUAAUGAUUCACAAAACAGACUUCAUAUGGUAUUAAUUAUGGUGUAAUAAAAAAAAAAAAGGUGUAAUAAUGUAUCAAUGUUUAUGAUUUGAUAGAAAGUAAUAUAUUAAAAUUA